ACACAAAUAGAAAGAAAAAAGUUGGAGAAGUCUAUUAAGAGACUACACACUUAUUUUUAAUGAGGUGUAUAGAAUUUAUUCAGCUUGUAAAAUAGUUUUCAUACUUUAAUAUGCAUAAAAUUGCCUGGAGUCCUUAUUAAAGAUGCACCUUCUUCCGAAAUUAAAUGAACAGGUCUGGGAAUUUGCAUUUGCAUUUGUGCUAUACCCUACGAGACUGAUUCAGGUGGAAUUCAAAGAAGUAAAGUGAUCGGCCUUACACGGUCUGAAGCCUAACUUUGAAUUUUACCAAUAUCUGAUUGCAUUAAGUAAUCUAAGAUUGGUGAUGCCCAUAGUUAUAAUGCAGAAAGAAAGUUAAACAUCUUCUUGGGCCUCAAGACAUCUCUAAAAUGUUUCAUUUAUAGUGUGAGUGUUUAACUUAAAAAACUAACAAAAAGAAAACAGGCAUUUAAGCAGGAAAUAUAAGAGCACCAAAAUCCAAGAGAAACAAUAGACAACAGAAAUAGACUCAUAAGAAAUCCAGAUAAUGGAGUUAUUAGACUUAAAAUACUGUGCUUAUUAUACUAAAAAAAAAAUACAAAAUUGAAAAGUAGGGCAAAGCUAUUAAAUAAGAAUCAAAUAUAAUUCUAAAACUUAUGAUAAGAAAAAUUCAUGGACUUAGUGUUUAGGAAUAAUAUUAGACUAAACAGAAUUGAAAUGAGAAUUUAUAAACUAAAUGAUUUGUCAAUAGAAAAAUAUAGCAUAAGGCUUACACAAAAGAAUGGAAAAUACUAAAAAAAUCAAAGGCAUAUAUUGAAUGCGGUGAAUAAGUUUAAAAUAUAUACAUAUUAUUGGAAUCUUAGAAGGAGAGGAACGAAAUUAUAGGAUAGAAUACUUGAGGCAGUGAUAGCUGAGAAUUUUCCAGAGCUGAGAACGAUAUCAAGAUUCAAGAAAUGCUGUGCAUCCCAAGCUGAAAAAUAUAAACAAAGCCAUACUGAAUGAAAAUAUUGAAAAGCAAAGGCAAAAAUAUAUUUCUAAUACUAGCCAGAGAAAAUGAUAUAUUAUCUUCAAAGUAAGGAUAAGACAAAGAAAUGAUUUCUCAAGAGAAAUGAUGGAAGCCAGAAAAACAAUGUGCUAUCUUCAACAUGCCAAAAGAAAACAACUGCCAAUAUAGAAUUCUUUGACCAAGGAAAGAAUCCUUCAGAUAUGAAGGUGAAAAAAGUCAUUUUCAGACAAAUAAAAACUAUAGAAUUUGAUACCACCUGACCUGCACAAGGAAAUACAAAAUAGUCUUUGGAACGGAAGGGUAAUUAUUCCAGAUGAAAGCUUGAGGACACAGGGAAAAAUGCAGACAGACAAAAUGUGAAUAUUAUGAGUAAAUUUUAAUAUAGACUAUUUAAAACAAUAAUAUAAUUUCUUACGGAGCUGAAGAUAUGUAUAAAAUUAAACUACACAACAAUAUUAGCAUAUAAAUUAAGAUACUAGCCUCCAAGAUGUCUUUCAAUGAUCCCCAACUCCUCAUAUCCACAUUCUUCAGUUGUCUCCUUCCAUGUUGUACCAAGGUUGGUCUAUGUGGCCAGUAGCAUAUAGCAGAACUCAUGGUACAUCUCUUUCUAGAUUAGGUUAUAAAACACACAGAGGCUUACAUCUUGGGUGCACACACACUCUAGCUCUCUCUCUUUCUCAUUUCUCACUCGGGGGAAUUCAACUGCACAUGGCGAGGACAUUCAGGCAGCCUAUGGAGAGGCCCACAUGGUGAGGAACUGAGAUCUCUGGCCAAUAGAGAGGAACGGAGGCCUGCCAACAACCAUAGACAGUAUAAAAUGAAAGAAACCUUUGACCUCCCAGACGUCUAUAAGCAAGAAUCAGGCUGAAAACUUACUCAACUGUAAACAUGUGCUAACUCGUGAAAAAAGGAUGACUCAGAGAGCAGAACCAAAUGUUAUGAAAAGUCAUCUUCAGGCAAAGGUGGUUGAACAGGGUAUGUUUGUAAAGCACUGCAAAGUAGAGGUAUAUCUCACAGAAUUGAAGCUCUGUGAAAAUGGAAACAUGAACAAUGUUGUAACUCGAAGAUUUAGCAAAGCUGACACAAUAGAUACAAUUGAAAAAGAAAUAAGGAAAAUCUUCAAUAUUCCAGAUGAAAAGGAGACCAGAUUGUGGAACAAAUACAUGAGUAAUACGUUUGAACCACUGAAUAAACCAGACAGCACCAUUCAGGAUGCUGGUUUAUACCAAGGACAGGUGUUAGUAAUAGAACAGAAAAAUGAAGACGGAACAUGGCCAAGGGGUCCUUCUACUCCUAAGUCCCCAGGUGCAUCCAAUUUUUCAACUUUACCAAAGAUCUCUCCUUCAUCUCUAUCAAAUAAUUAUAACAACAUCAACAACAGAAAUGUGAAAAACUCAAAUUAUUGUCUUCCAUCAUAUACUGCUUAUAAGAACUAUGAUUAUUCAGAACCUGGAAGAAACAAUGAACAACCAGGCCUCUGUGGCCUAAGUAACUUGGGAAAUACAUGUUUCAUGAACUCAGCUAUUCAGUGUUUGAGCAAUACACCUCCACUUACUGAAUAUUUCCUCAAUGAUAAGUAUCAAGAAGAACUGAAUUUUGACAAUCCCUUAGGAAUGAGAGGUGAAAUAGCUAAAUCUUACGCUGAACUGAUCAAGCAAAUGUGGUCUGGAAAGUUUAGCUACGUCACCCCAAGAGCCUUUAAGACACAGGUAGGACGUUUUGCACCUCAGUUCUCUGGAUAUCAGCAGCAAGACUGUCAAGAACUAUUAGCUUUCCUAUUAGAUGGACUACAUGAAGAUUUGAAUAGAAUUAGGAAAAAACCAUAUAUACAACUAAAAGAUGCUGAUGGAAGACCAGAUAAGGUGGUUGCAGAAGAAGCCUGGGAAAACCAUUUAAAACGAAAUGAUUCUAUCAUAGUAGAUAUAUUUCAUGGCCUUUUCAAAUCAACUUUAGUUUGUCCCGAGUGUGCUAAGAUUUCAGUAACAUUUGAUCCUUUUUGUUACUUGACACUUCCAUUGCCAAUGAAAAAAGAACGUACGUUGGAAGUUUAUUUAGUUAGAAUGGAUCCACUUACCAAACCUAUGCAGUACAAAGUGGUUGUCCCUAAAAUUGGAAACAUACUAGAUCUUUGUACAGCAUUGUCUACUUUGUCAGCAGUACCUGCAGAUAAGAUGAUAGUUACUGAUAUAUACAAUCAUAGAUUUCACAGAAUAUUCGCUAUGGAUGAAAACCUUAGUAGUAUUAUGGAACGGGAUGAUAUUUAUGUGUUUGAAAUUAACAUCAAUAGGACAGAAGAUACAGAGCAUGUGAUUAUUCCUGUUUGCCUAAGAGAAAAAUUCAGGCACUCAAGUUACACCCACCAUACUGGUUCUUCCCUUUUUGGUCAACCUUUUCUUAUGGCUGUACCACGAAACAAUACUGAAGAUAAACUUUAUAAUCUCCUGCUUUUGAGAAUGUGCCGAUAUGUUAAAAUAUCUACUGGAACUGAAGAAACUGAAGGAUCCCUACAUUGCUGUAAGGACCAAAAUAUUAAUGGGAAUGGCCCAAAUGGCAUACAUGAAGAAGGCUCACCAAGUGAAAUGGAAACAGAUGAGCCAGAUGAUGAAUCCAGCCAGGAUCAAGAACUUCCCUCAGAGAAUGAGAACAGUCAGUCUGAAGAUUCAGUUGGAGGAGAUAAUGAUUCUGAAAAUGGAUUAUGUACUGAGGAAACUUGCAAAGGUCAACUCAUGGGACACAAAAAACGACUGUUUACAUUCCAGUUCAACAACUUAGGCAACACUGAUAUCAACUACAUCAAAGAUGAUACCAGGCAUAUAAGAUUUGAUGACAGGCAGCUUAGGCUAGAUGAAAGAUCUUUUCUUGCUUUGGAUUGGGAUCCUGAAUUGAAAAAAAGAUACUUUGAUGAAAAUGCCGCUGAGGAUUUUGAAAAACAUGAAAGUGUGGAAUAUAAACCUCCUAAAAAACCCUUUGUGAAAUUAAAAGAUUGCAUUGAGCUUUUUACAACAAAAGAAAAGCUAGGUGCUGAAGAUCCCUGGUAUUGUCCAAAUUGUAAAGAACAUCAGCAAGCCACAAAGAAAUUGGAUUUAUGGUCCCUGCCUCCAGUACUUGUGGUACAUCUCAAGCGAUUUUCUUACAGUCGAUACAUGAGAGACAAGUUGGAUACCUUAGUUGAUUUUCCAAUCAAUGACUUGGAUAUGUCGGAAUUCUUAAUUAAUCCAAAUGCAGGUCCUUGCCGCUAUAAUUUGAUUGCUGUUUCCAACCACUAUGGAGGGAUGGGAGGAGGACAUUAUACUGCUUUCGCAAAAAAUAAAGAUGAUGGAAAAUGGUACUAUUUUGAUGACAGUAGUGUCUCCACUGCAUCUGAAGACCAAAUUGUGUCCAAAGCAGCAUAUGUACUUUUCUACCAGAGACAAGAUACUUUCAGUGGAACUGGCUUUUUUCCUCUUGACCGGGAAACUAAAGGUGCUUCAGCUGCCACUGGCAUCCCAUUAGAAAGUGAUGAAGAUAGCAAUGAUAAUGACAAUGAUAUAGAAAACGAAAACUGUAUGCACACUAACUAAUGAAAGUCCUAGAAGCCAUAAGAGAGACUUUCCUGCUGGUGGUAUCUAUGGAAAUGAUGAAGUUACCCACCACAUUAAAACAAAAGUCUGAGAUGGGGAGUUUCAGAUAACCGAAUGUAAAUCCUUUAUCAGAUUUUAACUUGUGCAGUACUUGAAGUGAAACACAAUGAAAACUUUAACAGAAAUUGUCUCUUAAUACAUUUACAGUCUUGUAUUUACAAGCUAAAUAUAUAUAGGAAAUCACAAAUAAAUCCCUUUUAAGUUUG